CUCUGGACCCAGCCUGCAGUGGUGGAUGCGGAGGUCUUCCUGUCGGCUUCGCUGGACAACAAACUUCCACUGGUGGACAAAUAUCUCACUGAUGGAGGAAACCCCGACGUAGUUGACCAUUUCCAGAGGACCGCGCUACACAAGGCUGCCUCCAAAGGUCACCUAGAGGUCAUGAAGAGGCUGCUGGAGGCUGGAGCUUCGUUGGAGAACAGAGACAAGUUGGAGGCCACAGCGGUACACUGGGCGUGUCGGGGAGGACAUGUGUCUGCUCUCGAGCUGCUUCUCAACCAGGGAGCCAAGAUUACCUGCAGAGAUAAGCUGCGCAGCUCUCCGCUCCACGUGGCUGUGCGGACCGGACACAUGGAGUGCGCCGAGCACCUCAUCCACUGCGGGGCCGACGUCAACGCCCGCGACCGGGACGGAGACACGCCCAUGCACGACGCCGUCCGCAUCAACCGCUUCAAGAUGAUCCGUCUGCUGAUGAUGCACGGGGCCAGCCUCCACGCCAGAAACGCCGACAUGAAGACACCUCUGGAGAUGCUGAACGCCUGGCAGAGCGGAGCCAAGAGCCUGCUCUGUAGCUCCAGCUCAGAGCAGCCUGGGGUCUAGAGGAGGAGGAGCAGGAGGAGCAGCAGCCUGGGGUCUAGAGGAGGAGCAGGAGGAGCAGCCUGGAGUCUAGAGGAGGAGCAGGAGGGGCAGCCUGGGGUCUAGAGGAGGAGCAGGAGGAGCAGCCUGGAGUCUAGAGGAGGAGCAGGAGGAGCAGCCUGGAGUCUAGAGGAGGAGGAGCAGGAGGAGCAGCCUGGAGCCUUGAGGAGGAGGAGCAGGAGGAGCAGCAGCCUGGAGUCUUGAGGAGAAGGAGGAGCCUGGCAUCUAGAGGGUUAGCAGAUCCUGUUACGGUUAAUAUAGAGCUGGUAACAUAGAGCUGGUAACAUACUCUAGAGCUGAUAACAUAGAGCUGGGGAUUUAGAGCUGGGGAUAUAGAGCUGGUACCACAGAGCUGGUACCAUAGAACUGGUACCACUGAGCUGGUACCACAGAGCUGCCAGAGUGCUGGUAACGUAGAGCUGGUGAUAUAAAGCUAGUACCACAGAGCUGGUACCACUGAGCUGGUACCAUAGAGCUGGUCCCAUAGAGCUGGUACCAUAGAACUGGUAACAGAGCUGUGACAUAGAGCUGGUGAUAUGAAGCCUUGGAGGCUAAGGGAACUUAACCUUUAGUUUAACCUUUGACCUUUACUAGCUGGGAAACUUAAUGAUGACAACCUAGCUUCCAAGCACCGCCCCCUAGUUAGACCAGUACUUCACCAGUACACUAACAGAACCAGAACAUUCAGGGAGGAGAGUUUGCUAAACCAUUGCUGGACAAAGAUUUGGCCAAAUGUAUUUAUUGAUUGAUUUAUUGACCAGUUGUUUUGGUUUGUUGACAAAUGAAUCUUGAAAAAAUUAAACAAAAAUAUGAUGGUUUAAAGUAAAGUGUAUAUAUAUAUGUAUAGAUAUAUUCAUACAUAUAUAAAUAAGAGAGAGAGAGAGAGAGAGAGAGAGAGAGAGAGAGAGAGAGAGAGAGAGAGAGAGAGAGAGAGAGAGAGAGAGAGAGAGAGAGAGAGAGAUCUCGGAUCGACAGAUGUUAAAAUUGAAUUUUGUUUAGAUUUAUUGGUAUUUGAAGUUGAAUAUGUAAAUACAUGUUAUUAUUUAUUGUGUUGAAUAAAGCAAUGUUUGAAAGUA